CCCUCCUCGCCAGGUGCUCGCUUCUUCUUAGCAGUGUUCUUAUUCUCGUGAGGUCCACGCACGUGUCGGUCGCUAACGCGGCCGUUUUCUCUAGCCACGGAGGCUACAAAAUCGAACACCGCGGUUCCAUUUUCGACACCCUGGGCCGCGCGAUUGCCUUCGAACGACGUUAUGACCAAUUUUCAAGAAAUAUGUGUCGUCCGCACCGACGGCGACCUACCGCUGGCGAAGUACCGGUCAACAAAAACUGGCAUGACCGUGUGCGUUUCCGAAUUUGAUGGGCCGCUCAUUAGCGGAUACCUUUGCAUCGCAACCGAAGCUCAAGAUGAUGACGGCCUGCCACAUACAUUAGAACAUCUUAUUUUCAUGGGCAGCGAGGACUACCCUUUCAAGGGAAUCCUGGACCAGCUGGCGAACCGGUGCCUGGCGUCUGGCACCAAUGCUUGGACAGAUUCAGACCACACAUGUUACACCAUGACUACCGCUGGUUCGAAGGGGUUCCUCAACUUGUUGCCAAUCUACCUGGACCACAUUCUCUACCCUUUGCUCACGGAGGCAGCCUUCAUCACUGAAGUCCAUCAUGUAAAUGGAGAGGGAGAGGAUGCUGGUGUCGUCUACUGCGAGAUGCAGGCACGCGAGAACACAGGCGAAAGCCUGUGCAUGCUGAACCUGUUGCGUACACUCUACCCAGCUCCCUGUGGCUACCGCUAUGAGACUGGAGGCCUCAUGCGCAAUCUUCGUGAGAGCACUGACAACCAAAAGGUCAAACUGUACCACAAGAACUUCUACCGUCCUGAGAACCUGUGUGUGAUUGUAGCUGGCAGCGUGUCUCAAGAAGUACUCAAGGCUCUGGAGCCAUUUGAGAAAAAGAUCAUUGCAAAGGGCCAGAGGAAAUCAUUCACUCGACCAUGGCAGAAACCAGUACCCACCCUCACUGGACCUUUGGAGUUAACAGUACCAUACCCAGUGAUGAUGACCACGGCCUUGUUUAUGAGCUUUCAGAGGACCUCACUCAAAAGUGACUUCAAAAAGCUGCUUUUUUUUGGCUUUGAGAACGUGACCAAAGGAAAACUCAGAAUGAUCAAGAGCACUUUGAUCAAGGCUUUGUCCGAUAUUGCUAAUGGCGCUACUCCUCUGGACAUGGAAAGAAUGGCUGUUGUAAUUCAGAGGCGACGUCUCCGGAUACUGAAUCAGGUUGAAUCUGCACCGCACGAGAGUAUCGCAAACACCGUCAUUAUGGACUUCCUCUAUGGAGACACGCUCGAAGAUGUGAGUGCUUCAGAAUGCCAGAUCCCCAUAUUCGUGGGCCUGCUGAAAAAAGAUAAGCAGUUUUGGGUGAACCUUCUGAAAAAGCACAUGGUUGACAACAAGGCCAUCAGUGUGAUUGGAGAGCCGAGCCCACAUUUGCUGGGGAAGAUGUCUUGCGGAGAGCCAGAGGAUCCAGCGACAGCGAGAAACGCUUGGGAUGACGGCCUCCAGAAGCGAGCCGAGGCUCUAGAAAAAGCCAUUGAGGCUAAUGAGGCAGAGCCCACCAAAGGAAUGAUCUUAGCUGUCGAAGUUCCACCCGUGUCAACCAUCAGCUUCCACAGUCUGUUGCGUGCUUGCAAUGCUCAUGGCGAUAAGGGCAUUAUGUCCUUUGGCCUUCAAGGAAUUCCCUUCCGGUUUGAACUGGACCAUAUCAAGACCAACUUUGUCUCGCUUACUGUCAUGCUCACACAAUGCUCAAAAAGGGAAGUAGCUGAGCUUCAGUUGGGCUGCAACAAGGGGGACGAAGGAGAACCGCCAAGGGGCACGUUGAGUCGCCGCUUCUUUGCCGCUCCCAUGCCCAGUGCCUCCCUCUGCCUUUUGAUAGACCGUGAGAAGUAUUUCCGAGGAGUGCAGUGGGUGCAUGACUUGCUGACUGGCAUAGAGUUUGAGCCAGACCGGAUCCAAGUUGUGGCUAACAAGAUGGUGAAGGAUGUGGUCAAGAAGAAGCGUUCAGGAAUAAAGAUCACUGGAACACUCAUACGGAUACUCUCCUUUCGGCCAGAAAGUAAUCAUACUGCUGGCAGUAUGCUGCGACAGCAGACCUUCCUGUACGACUUGCUGCGGCAGCUGAAGGUGGAUCCAACCAAGGUGAUAAAAAAGCUGAUGGAGGUUAAGGAGUUCCUGACACGACCUGAGAAUGUGACUGUGCACCUGGCUGCAAAUAUUGAAAAGUUGUCACUGCAUGGUGAUCUAAAAACACCUUGGACAACCUGCAUCAUCCGACAGCCAAGGCCUCCAUCCCCUAUGAAAAGUUCUGCGCAGGUGCCGUGCCAUGCACUGCUGUUUCGUGGCACUGAGCAGGGUCUUCCACGGGAUGUGAUCACAUCUGUGGGCUCAGUCGAGUCGGCCUUCCUGACCCAGUGCUCACCUAUCCUCAACUCUUAUACAAGCCCUGACCUGCCUCCAUUGCUGGUGCUAAUCCAGUAUCUCGUACAGCUUGAGGGUCCCAUGUGGCUGCAAAUCCGUGGCCAGGGCCUGUCGUAUAACUAUGACCUGCAGUUAAGACCCUGUGAUGGCCUGCUCUACUUCGUGCUGACCAAGUCGACACUGGUGGCAGCUGCAUACCGUGAGGCAAUGCAGAUAGUACAGCGGCAUGCUACAGGCGAGGAGGAGUGGGAUGAAGAGCUGCUGGAAGCGAGCCGUAGUAGCCUGAUGUUUGAUAUUGAGAAAGAGAAGUAUGUCAACGAGGUUGCCCUCCAGUCCAUGCUGUCCUACCUUCGUGGCAUCGACAUGAGCUACACCAGGACCCUACUGGAAAAGGUGGCACAAGUGAAGCUACAAGACAUGGUGCGUGUGGGAAAGCAGUAUCUGUCUUCGCUCUUUGACCCUGCUGUGUCCAAGCUGGCCAUUUGCUGCCACCCAUCCAAGGUUGAUGAUACUGUUGCUGCUUUCAAAGAGUUCCGGAGAAACCUCACAGUUGUUACAUCUCUGGAAGAUAGCAUUUUUGCAAAGUAUUAAAAAUAUGGUCAAUCAUCAAAAAGUCGAACCAAAAACUGACACAGCCCAAGCCCAAAGCUGAGGAUCUAAGCAAGUCACACUUUGUGCGCAGCUUUCUUAUUUCUAAACUGUUCUCUAAGUUAAGGACUGUGCUUGUUUGUUGAGGUGCACCACACUUGUCAUCGGCACUGAUUUUUUAAAUAAAGCCUAUUCAAUUGUUCGUAC